CAGCACCUACCUACAUAAGUAGUUUUGUAUAUAUGUACAUGUACGAAUGUAUGUAAUAUGUAAUAUGCAAUCUACCUAGGUACUGCCUAAGUAGUCAUUACUUCGUACAGUCUGACUAUUCCCUCCCUUCCUGGGCCCACAUUUCAAGAGGCGUGCGUGACGUCAAGGCUCCUUGACCUUUCUAUUGCUCCUCUAUCUACCAUCAACGACAACUCAGACCGAAUCUCUAGUCCGAUACUGUCACGACACGAAGAACGAACGUACGUGGAAUCAAGUACUUUUAAUCUGCGAAAACGGGGUUUCUUUAACCCCCCCAAGACAGGUUAGCCAGUAUUGUUAGUAACGCUCAGGAUGUCCGCCCAAAGAAACCUGAACGUCCUCAUCACAGGAGGCGCCCGCGGCAUCGGACGCGGACUUGUCCGCCAUUUCCUCGAGACAGGAAAUCAGGUCUACGUGCUCGAUUCGAAUAAGGAUGAAUUCCAGGCCAAAUUGUUCCGCAAAUGGGCGGCCACCUCGCCGGACCACCUUUACACCCGGACCUGCGAUCUUUCAGACCGAGCUCAGAUCAAGACAGAAGUGAAAUCUAUGGCCGAAGUAUUUGGUGGUAAACUGGAUGUACUGAUUAACAAUGCUUUCGCUACACCGCAUAUCUGGUCUGACGAGAGAACAAUGGAGGAUGAGAGCGAAGAUAUCAUGGCGGAAUGGGAUAUCAAGAUCGCGGUCGGCCUUAGCGCUCCAUUUCUUCUAAGCCGCCUCUGCACGCCUCUGCUUGAGGCUGGGGGUACAAAGUCUUCUCCAGGAUGUAUUAUCAAUAUAUCUUCGACCCGUGCCUAUCAAUCCGAGCUCAAUCAUGAAGCGUAUUCAGCAGCCAAAGCAGGUUUGCUAGGCCUAACCCAAAGUAUGGCGGUGUCACUCGGCCAUCGGCAUAAGAUUCGAGUCAACGCAGUCAUACCUGGAUGGAUCAAUGUUGAAAACGAGAAUAGAGGCGCAGACGAGAAAGGUAUCAAGUGGGAGGACGGCUUGAGCCGAGAAGAUAUGGCAUGGCAUCCUGCGGGUAGGGUGGGGAAGGUAGAGGAUGUCGUGAAAGCUGUCGAAUAUCUUGUGGGAGCCGAAUUUGUUACUGGGCAAGAAAUAACGAUAGAUGGAGGAGUGGGUAGGAAGAUGGUAUAUCCGGAAUAAGCUCAGAUUGGUAAAUGCCACCUUUGUAGUCCCAUAGACAGGUAUAGUUGCUCAUUCUUCAAUCCUGCAUCAUCAAUAACCGACUGGAUCCUCUAAAGCUC